AUGACAUCUCCCUCCCUCGAUAAUGACAGAACUGUAAAAGCAGAGCUAAUUGCUCCCAUACCAACCCCGCAUUGGGGCGCACAAUCCGGAGCCGCUUUCACAGUCCGCGCAACAACCACCAUCGACGCCCGACCUCAACCUGUGCUCGAUGCUCUUUUGGGCACUUCCACCUGGCCGCAUUGGAACAACUUCGUCCCUCGAGCCACCCUCUCCAACCCUUCCAGAGACUCCGAUGAUCCCAGUCGACUGCAUCCUGGCACGCUGUUCACGGAACACGUCGACAUGGCCGGUCGCGGCAGAUCUACGAUUGUCAAGAUGAAGCUGCUCAUGACCACCCUCGACGAGGUGAAUGAACCGGAUAAGAAAGGCUUCAAGGUGGUCUGGCUUGGCAAGGGGUAUCCGGACUGGGCGCUGAGGUCGGAGAGGGUGCAUGAGAUCUACGCAGAGGAAGGCGGAGGAGGAACUGUCUAUGAUGUCUACGAGACUUUCAGCGGGCCCCUAGCUUGGGCUGUGAAGAUCUUCGUAGGGAGGACGCUUGUGAAGAGGUUUGGGCAGUGGAAUGGGGAGUUAAAGGCGUAUUUGCAGGGGAAAUGUUGA